AUGGAAAUUGCCGCAAUUUCUUCACUAGUAAGUCACAUUCUGUCUUCAUUUACACAAAAUGGUGGUAAAAAAAUAGGGAAAAUUCUAGCGCACUACUCAAUACUCUUUCUCUAUAUUGCCGCAGCAGCUCUCUCAACUUUUCGUCACUCUAUCGCCCCAG